UGAAAUGUCUCCUUUGAUUAAAACAAGUACAUUACGAGUUUUAUUUAGUUCAAGAUUGCCGGUAUUAGCCUCGUCAUCAAAUAAUAAAUUCCGCCCCUUUUGUUAUCCAUAUUCAGUAAGUCACAAAGCAGAGCCGAAGAAAAUGGCAGCUGAGAGGGCAUUGCCUCAGAUAUUUCAAUACGUCGAUCAGAAUGUGGAAUCCUAUAAAAAUCUUCUAAAAGAGGCUGUUGCAAUCCCUUCGGUUUCGAGUGACGCUAAACACCGCGACGACUGUGUGCGUAUGGUGGAAUGGAUGAAGGAAAAAUUAAAAGAAGUCGGUGCUACUACUGAACUGAGAGAUAUUGGUUUUCAAACUCUUGAAGGUAAACAAGUGAAACUACCCCCGGUUCUAGUUGGCGUUUUGGGAAAUGAUACCAACAAAAACACAAUCUGUAUAUAUGGUCAUUUGGAUGUCCAGCCAGCUCUAAAGUCAGAUGGGUGGGCAUCUGAGCCCUUUGAGUUAGUGGAGAGAGAUGGGAAGUUAUUUGGAAGAGGAUCCACAGAUGACAAGGGUCCAGUGUUGGGGUGGCUGCAUGCUAUCAAUGCUUAUAAAAAUGUUGGGUCUGAGUUGCCAGUAAAUUUGAAGUUUGUGUUUGAAUGUAUGGAGGAAUCUAGCUCGCAGGGACUUGAUGAGUUGCUUAUGGAAAAGUUGAAGCCUGAAGGUUUCUUUGACACAGUGGACUAUGUAUGCAUUUCUGAUAACUACUGGCUGGGCACCACUAAACCUUGUAUUACAUAUGGCUUGAGAGGCAUUAGCUAUUACUUUUUAGAAAUUGAAUGUGCCAAAAUGGAUCUGCAUAGUGGAGUUUUUGGUGGAACUGUGCAUGAAGCAAUGUCAGAUUUAAUAUACCUAAUGGAUAAAUUGGUGGACAAAGAUGGCAAGAUCCUUAUAACAGACAUCUAUAAAUCUGUGGCCCCAUUGUUAGAGACUGAAAAACAACUGUACAACACAAUUGAUUUUGACCCAGAAGCGUACAGAAAGUCCAUAGACGCCUAUAAACUUCCUCACAACGCUGUUAAAGAGCAACUUUUAAUGCACCGCUGGAGGUACCCCAGCUUGUCACUCCAUGGCAUUGAAGGUGCCCACUAUCAAACGGGAGCGAAGACUGUUAUUCCCGGAAAAGUGGUCGGGAAAUUCUCUAUUCGUAUAGUGCCAAACCAGGAGCCUGAAGAGGUCGAAAAAUUGGUGUUUGACUACAUUAACAAGAAGUGGGCAGAGCGCGGAUCUCCCAACAAGAUGAGUAUCUCAGCGCAGAGCGGCCGCGCCUGGACCGAGGACCCUGACCACCCGCACUACCAGGCCGCCGCCCGGGCCACCAAACUUAUUUACCAGACGGAGCCGGACAUGUCUCGCGAGGGCGGCUCCAUCCCCGUCACCAUCACGCUGCAGGAGGCGAGCGGCAAGAACGUGCUGCUGCUGCCCAUGGGCGCCGGCGACGACAUGGCGCACUCGCAGAACGAGAAGAUCAACGUGCGCAACUACAUCGAGGGGAUAAAACUUUUCGCUGCCUAUCUGUAUGAAGUCGGCAAACUUCCAAAAUAAAUUGUAGUUAGCAUUCACAGUUGACUAUUGAAUUUAUAAGAUUUAUAUUAUACAAUAUGUCGAACAUUUACAUAUUUCGUAAAUUCUGUAUAAUUUUACACGUGUCAGGGUUUCUUUUACAUGCCAAGGGAUGUUAAUAUUGGACUUAUAAAUGUGUUAACAUUCCAUGAGAAGUACAAUUUACAUGUAUACUAUGUUUAGUAAUGAUUUCAACUCAAAUACGACGUCGAUCAUAGUGCCUUAUAAGAACAAAGCAUAAUAAAUUCAAGUACUUUUAGUUUUGUGUAAAAUAACUUUUUUUUUAUAUAAACACUUGUGUAAGAAGUGUCCUGUAUGAGUCUUUGGUUUUUUUUUUAAAUUUACAUAUCAAUUAUUUUCUUUAGUUGUUAUUUUAUUGAAAUAUAUAAGAAAACCUAUA